UUUGGUUGCGGUUUUUUGUAUGGAUUUUUUUAAAUAAAAGACUGUUUGAAGCUGCGUAACAACUGGCCCCCACCAAUGGCUAUUAGAUCGCCCCCGUACCGCCCUGUAUUAGCAGGGUGCGACCAAAGAGACCACCCGAAGGCCCAUAUUCCCCGAAUGGGCCUAAACACUCCCCUCUCGAGGAAGGGUGUGGCAAAAGGUUCCGCAAUCAGCUGCUAUGAGUGCAACAGUGCAAAUAAUUCAAUGUGCUUGGAACCAAAUAUAUACGACAAGGAGAGUGUUCAGCGAUAUUUAAAGAUCACCAACUGUGAGCAGAAGGUGCCUCGGGGCCAGACCAAGGAGCAGAUGUUCUGCCGGAAGAUUAUUCAGACUAUUCUCCACAAAGGCCACGACACUGAAGUGAGAGUGACGCGUGGAUGUGGCUGGGUGAAGCACCAUCGCGAUUGUUAUAAGGCAGACAACGAAGACCAUUUGGAAACCGUCUGCCAAUGUUUCACAGAUGACUGUAACUCCGCCGCAAUUAAUACAGCUGGAUUAUUGAUACCAAUUAUAGUUUUUAAGAUGUUUAUUUAAUAAAGUGUUAUUUUAGCAUUG